UGUUCUGUCACUGCAACAUUAGUGAGGAGAGAGGAGAAGGUGCAGAGUCAAUUUCACGAAGAAGAAGAAGAAGAAGAAGAAAAAGCAAAGACGCAAGUACAGAUACGGACAGAGAGGCCACAGGAGACGAGGAGUCACAGAAAGGAGCUUCAGUGAGGAGUGUGAAUUCACAGCAGUGAUGCUGCUGCUGCUGCUGCUGAUGCUGCUGUUUCUGCUGCUGAUGCUGCUCCGUAGAAGAGAAGAACAGCAGGAGGGCGUGGACCGUCGUUGAAGAAGAAGAAGACAGUGGAGGAAAACGAGAGCGAGAGAGAGAGAGAGAGAGAGGAACCGAGGGACCAAAGACGUACGAGGCAAAUCUGAGGCCUCCUGUUAGCCACACAUAGCCUCACACUCAGCUCGGCAGGAGUGUGCGAGGUCGUCCCUCUGUGUGCUUGUGAGCAGGUGGGACUUUGAUGGGACAGUGAGCAAUGCCUCACACACAGCGACAGCAGGCUGGCAGUAGGGGGCGGUGCUCCUCUCACCUCUUGCCCCUCCUCCUCCUGGCCCUUGUUGCCCAGCCCAGCCCGGCAGCCAUACACAUACCCUCCAACUACCACAUAAGUGAUCUCAAAAGGCCUCCAGUGAUCACCACACAGCCGGAGUCCGUCACCGUCUUCAGUGUUGAAGACUUUGGCAUGAAUUGUGAAGCCACCGGAAACCCUUCACCAACUUUCCGAUGGACAAAGGACGGACACCACUUUGACCCCAGCAGUGACCCAGAGCUGAAGGUUUCUGAAUCCACCGGCUCAUUUGCAUUCUUCACGCUCAGUAACACUGCGGACACACUGAAGCCGUACCAAGGCAAAUACGUCUGCUACGCCUCCAACGAGCUGGGCACCGCCGUCUCCAAUCAGGCCGUACUCACCACUGACGUCCUUCCGACCUUGCAGAAGGAGAAGAAAGUGAUUGUGAAGUCAGAUAAGGGCAGCAGUCUGGUGCUGAAGUGUAACCCCCCACAGAGCUCCUUGGAGCCCAUCAUUCAUUGGAUGGACUGGAGGUUACAUCAUAUCCACCUCAGUCCUCGAGUCGUAGUGGGCAAGGACGGCAACCUGUACUUCGCCCAUUUGACGACCAACGACAGCAGAGAUGACUACAUCUGCAACGUCCAGUAUCUGUCGACACGCACCAUUCUGGCAAAGGAGCCCAUCACUCUGACAGUCACCUCUGCCAAUGCAGUAGUGCGGAACAAGAGGCCCCAGAUGAUGAAACCUACUGGAAGCCACAGUACUUACCAUGCUCUCAGGGGCCAGACUGUAGAGCUUGAGUGCAUUGUCCAAGGCCUUCCCACGCCUGAUGUGAUGUGGCUGAGGAAAGACGGAGUUCUCUCCGAAUCACGAACAACCAGAGACAUGUUCGACCGUCGCCUGCGCUUCAGUAACAUCUCAGAGAGCGACGCAGGAGAGUACCAGUGCAGCGCCAACAACACACAAGGAAAGGUCACCCACACCUACACUGUGAUUGUCGAAGCUGCUCCAUACUGGACCAAGGAGCCGGUCAGUCAGCUGUAUGCUCCAGGUGAGACUGUGAGACUGGACUGUCAGGCAGACGGUAUUCCAUUUCCUACCAUUAACUGGACUGUUGAUGGACUCCCUAUCUCAGCAUCUGAUGAAGAUUCCAGACACACCCUGACACCUGGAGGAUCUCUAAUUCUGAACGACGUCACAUUCAACGACACCGCCAUAUACCAGUGUCAGGCCUCCAACAAACAUGGAACCAUCAUCACCAACACCAAUGUCUACGUCAUAGAGCUGCCGCCACAGAUCCUCACUGAGGACAGGAAUACAUACACCUUCACUGAGGGCCAGAAGGCUUUACUGGAGUGUGAGACUUUUGGGUCCCCGAGGCCUAAAGUGCUGUGGGAGAGUGGCAGCAGCAGCAACCUCCUCGCCGAUCCAAGAGUUAACCAGCUGACAAACGGGGGUCUUGAGAUUUCUAACAUCACCCAGGAUGAUGAGGGUUUCUACACCUGCUCUGUUCAAAACACCAACCUGUCAGUCAUCGCAGAGCUGGAGGUGCUCAACAGGACAGUGAUUCUGUCACCACCACAGGCUCUGAAGAUCCAGGCAGGAAAGGAAGCCAUCUUCACCUGUCUGGCCCUCGUCGACCCCAAACUUGGCUUUCCUUUUAUUCAGUGGAGGAUGAACAAUCAAAAGCUGUUUGAGUCACACAUUGACGAAAAAUACACUUUUGAUGGACCAGACCUGAUAAUCUCCAAUGUAGAACCAAGUGAUGAAGGUGUGUACACCUGUCAGGUCAUCACUAAGAUGGACAUGGCCGAAGCGAGUGGCACCCUCACCUUAUGUGAUCGUCCAGAUCCUCCUGUCAUGCUCAAAAUCACUGACCCUAGACAUCGCGCUAUCACACUGAACUGGACUCCUGGAGACGACCAUAACAGUCCUGUCACAGAGUAUGUGAUUCAGUUUGAGGACCAGGAAAUGAAGGAAAAAGGUUGGGUAGAGCUGAGGACAGUGGGGGGGAACCAGGAGCGUGAAGAUCUCUCUCUGUGGCCCUACAUGUCCUUCCGUUUCCGGGUGAUUGCAAUUAAUGACGUGGGCAAAAGUGACCCCAGCAAGCCCUCUGACAUAUUUACAACCCCUCCUGAGGCUCCAGAUAAUAACCCUGAAGAUGUACGAAGUGUGUCUACAGACCCAGGGUUUCUAAACAUCACCUGGGAGGAAAUGGACCAACACACCUUCAACGGCCCUGACUUUAAGUACAAAGUGAAGUGGAGGCGAGUCGUGGGCAACGGACCCGAAUGGCACACCAACUUCACAACAGCGCCGCCACUGGUUUUUAGUAACGUUGGCAACUUUUCUGCUUUUGAGAUCAAAGUUCAGGCCAUGAAUGAGAGAGGAGUGGGGCCUGAGCCAGACCCAGUGAUUGGCUACUCAGGAGAAGAUGUUCCCUUGGAAGCUCCCAUGGAUGUGGGUGUCAGGGUAAUUAACAGCACCACCAUCAAAGUGGUCUGGGCCCCGAUAGACAGAGACACAGUCAGGGGCCACCUGCUGGGCUACAAGAUCCACUUGACCUGGACUGGCUCUAGGGGGCACCACAGAGGCCGAAGAGCAAAGGAGUCAGUGAGCACCAUUGUGGUGGAGACUGAAGCCAAUGAGGAGAAGAAGGUCAUCCAUGACCUCCGACCCUACUCUCACUAUGACCUGGCUGUCGCUGUGUUCAACAGUAAAGGAGAGGGGCCUGGUUCUGAGAUGCUGUCCUUCCAGACCCAUGAGGGAGUUCCCAGUGCUCCCACAUCCCUGGUAUUGGACAGCCCUUCAGAGACAGAAAUGACCCUUCACUGGACACCUCCCGAUGAACCAAAUGGAAUCCUCAUUGGUUAUGUACUGCGAUACCAACAACUGGUGAAGACUGAUGAUAGUCCCAUGCAAGUGGUGGCCAUAAAUGAUCUGUCAGUCACUCACCUGAACCUGACCAACUUGGAUCGCCACAGCCGUUACCGCUUCUCCCUGAGGGGGCGCACUGAAACUGGGGAAGGAGCGCCAAUAAUGAAGGAGGGUGCCACCAUACUAGAUGGAGCGCCCCCUAGUAACAUCAGCAUGACUGUGGGGGAAUCCUUUGUAAACUUUAGCUGGGUGGCCAAAAAGAGACACAGAAACAUCAACUUCCAGAUCCACUACCUCAACAAAAAUGAUGGCAGUGAAUGGAAGAAGGUAGAUAGGGUGGACACCUCUCAGUCCUUCUACCAACUCCAGGGCCUGACUCCUGGAUCUCAUUAUCGUCUACGCUUCACCUAUGGGAACACAACCUUCUGGAACACUGACAUUGAGACGGAAGAAACAGUGGUCCAAAUGCAGCAAAGCUUUGCGACACAAGGCUGGUUUAUUGGCGUCGUGAGUGCCAUCGUGCUGCUGCUGCUGAUUCUGCUCAUCCUCUGCUUUGUCAAGAGGAGCAAAGGAGGAAAAUACUCAGUGAAAGAUAAAGAAGACGGCCCAAUGGAUUCAGAGGCACGGCCCAUGAAAGACGAGACUUUUGGAGAGUACAGAUCUCUAGAAAGUGAUCUGGAGGAGAAACACACGGCCAGCCUGCCGUCCUUGUGUGAGGAGAGCAAGCUGUGCAGCCAGGACAACCUUGACUUCAACGGCGGCAGUGCCAUAACAACAGAGAUCAACAUAGAUGAGUCUCUGGCCAGCCAGAUCAGUCGGCCCAGCGAGGGUGGUCUAGAUACCCUGCCCGACAAGUCGCCACUCAAUCCCAACGCCGUCUCCCCAGCUGCCAACGGCACACCCAACUCGGUUACCUUUCUGGAUUAACCCCCACACCACCAGUGGGGACCACCAGACCAAAACACGUCAACACAUAUGUGCCCAUAUGCUCUUGUUCCUUACUGACUCGCUGAUCUGUACUCUGACUAUCGAAACACAAUCAAUAUAUUGACUCUUCAGAUGCCCCCUCGCUGUCAUCUGAUCGACUGGGACUAUUUUGACCAAAGGAGUGUCCAGAGCAGUGGACGACAUGAUACAAGUGUGACUGACCUGCCGAUGCCCUUUGACCCUUUGACCCUCUGACCCUCUGACCCUACUUUACCCACGUUAGUUUACAAAAAAAAACGACCGUGACUCAUUUCUCUCCUUUUCUUCUCUUACCUUUCUCUCAGCAGCUAUCUCUGUAGAAAGAUGAAGCCAGAAUGUCUGUGUACGAGUCUGUACAGAAAUAACACAGGGACUGUUGGUGUGACGCUGCAGAUAGAAGUGUGACGCUAGAGAGAUAACUCAGUGACGGAGGAUGAUGAUGUGUGAAGAAGAUAAUGAACGAUUUUUGUUGAACAUGUGUCCAAAGCCAUUUGAUGCCUAACAUUUAACUGGACUCCCCCUCAACCCUCACCCCUUCAUUUAUUGUGUUUGGAAACAAGACACAUCCUUAUUUUUUGUAAUCAUCAGGUGUUUUUUAUAUUUAAUGACCAUGAUGUCAUUUUCUGUUCCACAUUUAAUAUAACAUGUUUGACUCACGCCUUCUCUUUUUAGACAUAAUUCACAAAUUAUGUGAUGUUUUCAUUGAAACUAUGUGAAGUGAAGCCAAGUUUCUUACUAUAAAUAACGCUGCGGUCGCAUUACGGGAAUCUUGCUGUGAAGAUGCUGAGUAGCAUCUGGUGUGUAUAUAGCAUCUACAUCAUCUAUAUCUACUUAGCCAUGAUACAGUAUUAUAGACAUGUACAUGCUUCUUCUAAGUUCCUGUGGCUGCACAUAGAGCACCAGUGUGAUGUCAUUACUCUCUCGCAUCCCCACCCGAAGUGUAAUGUCAUGAUUGGAAAUGAUAUUGUAAUUUUUUUCGUGUCAAGACCUCUUGUACGUGUAGCUUUCUGUAUCUGUCUUUGUCUCUUUCUACACUGUAUUAAAACAUUGCUGUCUCUAAUUUA